UAAAUGCAAGGUCCCGGUCAGUGACCAAUUUGAGAGAGAGAGAGAGAGAGAGAGAGAGAGAGAGAGAUGGGUUUCAGAGCUCCGUUCUUCUUUGCUGCUCUCUUCCUCUCCCUCUCAGCCACCAUCAUCAGCUCUGCUUCUGCAGAUGGUGAGGCUGAGGCAGGGUCGGGACUGGUGAUGAACUUCUACAAGGACACUUGUCCUCAGGCUGAGGAGAUCAUCACAGAGCAAGUCAAGCUUCUCUACAAGCGCCACAAGAACACUGCAUUCUCUUGGCUCAGGAAUAUCUUCCACGACUGUGCUGUCCAAUCUUGCGAUGCCUCAUUGCUCUUGGACUCGACGAGGAGGGAUCUCUCCGAGAAAGAGACGGACAGAAGCUUUGGGAUGAGGAACUUCAGGUACCUCGACACCAUCAAGGAGGCUGUGGAGAGAGAGUGCCCUGGAGUUGUUUCUUGUUCAGACAUUCUGGUGUUGUCUGCUAGAGAUGGCGUUGUUGCGCUAGGAGGCCCUUACAUUCCUCUGAAAACUGGAAGAAGAGAUGGGAGGAGGAGCAGAGCGGAUGUCAUUGAGGAAUACCUGCCAGACCACAAUGAGAGCAUGUCUGUUGUGCUUGAAAGAUUUGCCAAGAUGGGCAUUGACACUCCCGGAGUGGUUGCCCUGCUAGGAUCACACAGCGUGGGCCGAACCCACUGCGUCAAGCUGGUUCACCGGCUAUACCCGGAGGUCGAUCCGGCCCUCAAUCCCGACCACGUAGAGCACAUGCUCUACAAGUGCCCAGACCCGAUCCCUGACCCAAAGGCCGUGCAAUACGUGAGGAACGACCGUGGCACCCCCAUGAUAUUCGACAACAACUAUUACAGGAACUUAUUGGACAACAAGGGCUUGCUCUUGGUGGAUCACCAGCUAGUCGUAGAUAAGAGGACCAAGCCCUACGUGAAAAAGAUGGCCAAGAACCAAAACUACUUCUUCAAGGAAUUCGCCAGAGCCCUCACCAUCCUCUCCGAGAACAACCCGCUUACCGGAGAUCAGGGUGAGAUCAGGAGGCAGUGCAACAUGGCCAACAAGCACCACUAGAAGAAGCUCCAUGAUCUGCGAGGCGGGCCCCGUCCUCUCCAUGGCCAGUUAUUCCUCCCUCGUUCAUAAGAGGAAGAUAAGAGGUAUGGAGAGGACUGAAUAAGACGGUGUUCGGUUUUAAUGGAGUCUGGGUAGAAAAUGUGGACUGUGGCUGUUCUAGCUUUCCUUUCCCUUCUUUGUCUAGUUUUACUGUUGUCUGAGGGUCUAAUGUGUUCAAUAAGGAUGUGAGGGUGCGUGUAUGUACUGGAGGGAUGGUGUUGAAGGUUGAAGAUGCGUGGAUUUCAGCGGUGAUAA